AGAAACACAAAAAUGUUUCAAUUCAUCAAGAAGCUUUUUAAACGACGCAAUGCCGAUCGUGGCGAAUUUCACAAAUUCAGCCAGUUGCCCCAAGAAAUACAGAACAUGAUCUGGGCCUAUGCUCUCUGUGUGGAUGCUCCGCGGGCCUACUUCGUGGACGUCAAAGAUUGGUUUCGCCAGCCAUGGCAAGUGAAAGCAGUACACACUCUCCCAACAAGCCUUGGGGAUUUCCCUCUCCCGCCUGCAUCAAACCCCAACAGCGACUACGGUCUGAUGCGAGUUUGCCGUGCGUCUUGUGAAGAGGUCACUCGAAGCUGGAGUCUUUGGCUGCCACGGGUCCCUGCGCGCAUAGUUCUCGCCAACUCACAUGACGGUGGCAGGAGGGCAAAGGCAUUUAGCAGCCUUUACAUUGAUGCAACCAGUGACUUGGUCUUCAUAGAUAGAUGGUGGCAAGAGCGCCGCUCUGUAAGUUCAUUCCAUGGCGUUACCGAAUUCAUGCUGCCAGGGAACAACCGAUACCAAGGUCUAGAAACUAUCAGAACCGUGGCUGUACCGGUCGACUCCAACCUCGAGAGAAGCUAUAAGCCCCAGUAUCUGAUUCAUCUCAAGGCGUUGUUUCCUGCAUUGCGAACAUUGUACCUAUACCUGCAGCCAAGACUCUUGGUUCCAGCCGAUUCACGCCAACAAGAGAUGCCCAUAAAUUUCCUUGCUCCUGAGUCUCGGAAAGACCAGGUGCCUCCAGCAAGAUUCAGGGCUCGCGGUCGCAUCUUCUACGAGAUCUGUCCCGUGAAGAUGAGAUCAGCCGGACUGCUUGUGCCUAUCUUCGAGGACGAUGUUAUUACCAUCAAGUUUAUGACUUGGCAGUGGAUCCAGUGAGGUCUUCUAUAUCCGUAGGAGAUAUGUACUUGAGCCUUUGGGGAGAUCUGAACUCAGGGGGAGAUAAUGGUUAAUCAGGCUGGCAUUUGGAUCUGAUAUGGUGCAUGUUUAAUGUUCGGCAUUGCAGUAUCGGGCUUCCUAUGGGCGGUGAUGGUGAUUUGAAC